AUGCCUCGCCUCAAACACCUCUGCUUCACCGACGUCAGCGUGAGGACGGAUGACACCAAAGCCACCAUCACCGUGCUCGCCGAUGACCUGAGGACUCUCCGCAUGUCAUGCCGUUGGUACAGCAAGACUAAUUCACCAUCAGAGCCGCUGUUGUUCUUGUGUCACUUGGCCGUCACAGCCGUGUUCACCAAAUACUCGUUGUUCCGCUUACGCGCACCCAAGCUGGUGGUGUUCGAGUGGCGAUGCUAUUAUGCUGACGAUGUGCGCAUUUAG